AUGGCUAUUGAUUUAUAUAAGCAAGGCAGAAUAGUUAGAAGAUCCGUAGUUAGACAAUCUAAAACAACCAAUGUCUAUCACAAGCUUUUAAUUAAACUUUACAAAUUCUUAUCAAGAAGAACUGAUUCUAAAUUCAACAAAACUAUUUUAAAGAGAUUAAGUACCUCCAAAUUAAACAGAUUCCCUCUUUCUUUGAGCAGAAUUGUUAGAAAUGCUUCUGAUUUAAAUAAAAUUAUUGUUUCUACUGCUACUGUUACUAAUGACGAAAGACUCUUAGAAGUUCCUAAAAUGACUGUAUGUGCUUUUAAGUUUACUGAAACUGCCAGAAAGAGAAUUCUUGCUGCUGGUGGAAAUGUUCUCACCUUCGACCAACUUGCCCUUAAAGCACCCACUGGUACUAACUGCCAUCUUUUGAGAGGUCCUAAGGAAAGAGAAGCUUACAGACAUUUUGGAAAGGCUCCAGGUCAAAAGGGUUCUCAUUCAGCUCCUUAUGUUAGAUCUGAAGGUAGAAAAUUCGAAAGAGCUUGCGGUCUUAAAUGA